GGCUUGUUUUCUAUUCCUGCACUAGACUGCACUGGAACGUUCCUUCUUGCUUUCGCUAACUUUGAAAGAGUCGCUGGUUGGCCGUGUACCAGUAAGCGUGUUUGUAAUAGAGUGAAAAAGCGCGGUUAGGAUUGCUGACGCAAUCCUCCUUACUUUUUGUUCAAUCAUAUUCUGUAUUCCUAUUUAAGCCUUUUGUUUCCCAUACAACUUUCUGCAAUGGCCAAAUCGUCCCUGCCCUAAACACUGGGGACGGGUGCCAAUUUUAAAAGAAGAAGAAGCUAACUUUGAAACAUCUAUCUAUUUCAUUUUAAGUGUACACUUAUUUAGAGAGUUCAGGAACAGAAAACAAACUGCUUGCUUCUUCCUUCGUCCAUGUUACUUGCAGUCAUCAAAUUUUAAAAUAAAAUGCGGUAUCAGCACGACAAAACUUGUUAGACUGCAAGUGAAUAAGUGAAAUUGUAAAGUGUAAUUGAAUAUAAAAUAAUUAAAUAUAAAAUAUAAUAUAAUAUAAAAUAAGUUUUUUGCAAGUUUUUUUGAAACUGGAAGAAUAAUCGCCACAUGUUUCCUGAGUUUUGAAUAAUUUCGUGCUUCCAACGUUAUCUGCGUCCGAUAUAAUUCAGUGGAUUUAUAAUUUAUUCGCCGAUACUCCUUCCCCCGCGCACCUUAAUCGUCGCGUACCUCUGUGAUCGCAUUGCACUCGAUCAGUUCAGAGGCGGCCGUCGUGGGAGAGGCAACCAUGGAGGACGAUCUGCCGACCGAAUACGAUGUGGUCGUCGUAGGAACAGGUAUGACCGAGUCCAUCGUCGCCGCGGCGGCAAGCAGGAUCGGCAAGAGGGUUCUACAUCUGGACAGCAACGAAUAUUACGGAGGGCUGUGGGCUACAUUUAAUUUCGAUGGCUUGCAAAAGUGGAUAGAAGAUUUAAAAAGUGUUAAAAGUAAUACUAGGAAUACAAAUGUUGAUUUGAAGAAGAAUGAAAAAUUUUUGAAGGCUAGUGACCAAUAUUCCACUGUUGAGAACAUUGGAGAAAUCUGGUAUAUUUCCAAUGACGCCGACCUACCUGAUGUUUCUUCGAAGGACACCCAGACUGAGAGUUCCGGGGAUAGUGCCGCAGUUGAGGGUGUGGAAAAGACUGAUCAGGACAAGGCAGACAAAAAGGAAAAUGUGAAACAAUGGAGCAUAGACCGUAUCAAGAAGGAGUAUAGAAGAUUUAAUAUCGAUUUGGCGCCUAAACUAUUAUUCGCCCGUGGUGAAUUAGUAGAACUGUUGAUUUCUAGCAACAUCGCACGUUAUGCUGAAUUCCGUGCAGUCUCUAGGGUCGCGACUUUUAUGGAUGGUAAACUUACGCAAGUUCCUUGCUCCCGUGCCGAUGUGUUCGCUAAUAAAACGGUUAGCGUGAUCGAGAAGAGAAUGUUGAUGCAGCUUCUAACAUCCUGCAUAGAACAAGGUGCCGAUAGUCCAGAGUUCGAUGGUUUCCGUGAUAAAACAUUCUUAGAAUAUCUUAAUACGAAAAAUCUUACGCCUAUAGUACAGCAUUAUGUUAUGCAAGCUAUCGCAAUGGCGACAGACAGAACGUCAUGUAGAGAUGGCGUUAAUCGUACGAAGCAUUUUCUCAAUAGUCUUGGACGUUAUGGAAAUACGCCCUUCUUAUGGCCUAUGUACGGAAGCGGAGAACUGCCUCAAUGUUUCUGCAGACUGUGCGCAGUCUUUGGCGGAAUUUAUUGCUUAAAGAGACAAUUAGACGGCGUGGUAGUUAGCGAAGAUAAAUGCAAAGCCAUUAUCAGUGGAAGACAGAGAUUGGCUUUGGAGCAUUUAGUUGUAGGGCAGGGACACUUGCCACCAGAAAUCGUAGCCUCUGAGGGAGAAAAUCAAAUUUCGCGCGGAAUUUUCAUUACUGACAGGUCAAUUAUGCAAGGUGAAAAGGAAAGUCUAACUCUUUUGUAUUAUCCGCCAGAAAAAUCCGACCAAGAAGCCGUUACUCUAAUCGAAUUGGGACCAUCUACUAAUGCAUGUCCUCAAGGAUUGUUCGUAGUUCAUAUGACGUGCAAACGUACUAAGAAUGCAAAGGAGGAUCUAGCAUACGUUGUGAACAAGUUCCUAAGAGCAGAACCGCUUGACCCGAAUGCUGUACGUAGUUCUGAUUCUCAUACUCAAACAGUUUCUCCUGAUAAACGACACCUUCAGGAUGACCGACAAGAAAAGGAAGCAAUUGAGUAUCCAGUACCUCAAGUAUUAUGGUCUCUGUAUCUGAAUUUACCUGCGAGCGACAUUAAAUUAAGCGAGUCUGCACCAAGUAAUAUACACCUAUGCUCUGGACCGGAUCUUGAGCUCGAUUUUGACUUUGCUGUGAAUCAGGCUAAGAAUAUUUUUAAGUCUAUGUAUCCAGAUGAAGACUUUUUACCACGUGCACCUGAUCCAGAGGAAAUUGUUUUGGAGGGCGAUGAAGCGCCGGGUCCAAAAUUCGAGGUCGGUGAUAUGGUGGAGGGUGAAGAGAAACAAGACGUUGAAAAGGCCGAAAAAGAAGAAGAAUGAACGACUACCAUAUAAUGCUUUUGCGUCUCUAUUGUCAAAAAGCAGACAAGGCUUUCGCGCCUUUAGUGUCUUUUAUCUUCAUCGUUAUUGCAUUUCCUUAUAAACGUAUUCGAAAAAAAAGAAAAAAAACACGAGAUACAGAUUGCGAAAUAGUAGUAACGAGAAGUUUCACGACAUUAACGUUAUUUGUUAAUUGUUCGUACACUUUUACAUAUUGCUUUUUUGUUCAUUUAGAAUAUUUUUAUUGUUGAAGGAUUGUUUAUUCCUGAUUCAUUUCUCACAGUGCUUUUAGUGCUUUUGCAUUUCACAUUUUACUAGUAAAAGUGAGCUUUGGCAAGAGAAAGACACAGACUCGUUAGAAGAGCACAAGUGCAUUUACGAAAGUGAAAAGUUUACGAAAUUAUCAUUGGGUUGAUAUAUAUUUUAUACUGCGAUUCAAACGUUAUAUAUGUAUUUUGUUUUAUUUAAUAAUUUUUUCUGUGUAAUUAAACAGCAAGAAUAAAAAAAAUGCAGAUGCAUUUUGAAAUCCAUUUUAGGUAGAUGUAGUGCUCGUAAUCACUAGACUUAAAAUAUACUUUGUACACCGUAUAACAAUACCAUCAGAGAUAAGAAUGGGAAGAUAUGUGGUGUCACGCUUUGAUACUUCAGUAGAUAUUGACAGCAUUGCAUAUCGCAAUUUACAUAUAAAAUAUUGUAUGUGCACGAGCCAUUAGUCAUUUAGAUAGACAUCGUGACAUAUUGGGAUUAGUUUGUAUUACAUGCAUUAUACAUCAAUGGAUAUACCUUUAAUGCGCUGUCAUUAUAUAUCUGUAAUAAACAUGAGAGAAAAAAAUGA